AUGAGUCGGGGGACGAUGCCUCAGCCCGGAGCGUGGCCGGGCGCUAGCUGUGCCGAGAAGCAGGCAUGGGAGGCGGGGGCCGCGGCGCCGGAGGGCGGGAAGUCUGCGGCCGGUGGGCCACCGCGCGUCGCGGUGCGGUGCCCGUCCGAGCACGAGGAGGACAUGUAUCGUGCGGCGGAUGAAAUAGAAAAGGAGAAAGAAUUACUUAUACAUGAAAGAGGGUCAUCAGAACCUAGAUUAAGUGUAGCUCCUGAAAUGGAUAUCAUGGACUACUGCAAAAAAGAAUGGAGGGGAAAUACACAAAAAGCAACAUGUAUGAAAAAGGGCUAUGAGGAGGUGUCCCAGAAAUUCACCUCCAUCAGGCGAGUCCGCGGAGAUAACUACUGUGCGCUGAGGGCCACGCUGUUCCAGGCCAUGAGCCAGCCGACGGCGCUGCCCUCCUGGCUGCAGGACCCGGAGCUCACGCUGUUACCAGAAAAACUCAUAAGCAAAUACAGCUGGAUCAAGCAGUGGAAGCUGGGACUGAAAUUUGAGGGGAAGAGCAAGGACCUGGUGGAUAAAAUUAAGGAGUCCCUCGCUUUACUGAGGAAGAAGUGGGCAAGCCUGGCUGAACUGAGAACUGCAGAAGCAAGGCAGAUGGCUUGUGAUGAACUGUUCACAAAUGAAGAAGAGGAGUACAGCCUCUAUGAAGCUGUAAAAUUCCUAAUGCUGAACAGAGCCAUUGAACUCUAUGACGAUAAAGAGAAGGGAAAGGAAGUGCCGUUUUUCUCUGUGCUUCUCUUUGCUCGGGAUACAUCCAGUGACCCUGGUCAGCUGCUGCGGAACCAUCUGAACCAGGUGGGGCACACUGGUGGCCUGGAACAGGUUGAGAUGUUCCUCCUGGCCUACGCCGUGCGCCACACCAUCCGGGUGUACCGGCUCUCCAAGUACGGCACCGAGGAGUUCAUCACGGUCUACCCCACCGACCCCCCCGGGGACUGGCCGGUGGUGACCCUGAUCGCCGAGGAUGACCGGCACUACAACGUCCCCGUCCGGGUGUGCGAGGAGACCAGCCUGUGA